ACUAACAUCCAUCGGGAUAUAAAUUUCCCGGCUAACAAAAGCUCAGUAAUGACCAAGCGGGGCUAGAGGGCCCAUGACCAUAAAGAACUUCUCCCUGGAUCCAGUCCGCGUUCCAUUCACCAACUCCACAUCCUUCGUCGUACGUAAACCAUGAUCCAAAGAUGCCCUGAGGGACCGAAAAUGUGAACGACCAACAACUCAAUCACGUCCGGAUCGCCUCGUGGCUCCCUGAAGACCAAAUGAGCAGAUACUCGGUGGACCCCUUCAAACGAUCAACCACAUCCCUCUCCUCAACCGAUUCCGAUACGGCGGGCGGCAUGGACGUGGUCAAGAAAACCGGGUUGAGCCUCGCCCGAAAGGCCAAACAUCAUCACCAACACCCGCAUCAACAGGAAGACCCCAAGCACUCAUCGCUAGCAUUAAAGCUCUUCGUCGAAUCACCGCCGUUGGUGUCGUAUGGCGCACCUGAGCAAUCAACCGGUGCACUUUUCAGCGGCCAAAUUGAAUUGACCGUCUACGAUGAGCUGGUGGAGAUUGAGAGCUUCGACGUGACAGUCGAAAGUGUCACAGAGUUCAAAAAACCAGUCUCGUCACACUGCAAAGAAUGUGCGACCAAAGUGGAGGAACUCACUAAGUUCAGUCUAAUACCGGAGGGUCAUUCAAGCCUCAAGCUUGCCAGAGGGAAACACUCUUUCCCCGCUUCCUACCUCUUCGCCGGCUACCUCCCGACCACCUGUCGAACAUCUCUCUGCAGUAUUAUCUAUCGCCUCACCGCCAUCGCCGUUCCAAAACCCUCCCUCGUCCCCCCUCCAUCCAAAGCCCGCUCUCCAACCAGCUCACCCACCCUUCAGCCAUCCCUCCGACCCGUCCCAGCAACGCUCAGCCACGAACUUCACCUCUCCCGCGCCAUCCUCCCCACCGCCACGAACUCCCACCUCUCCGUCCGCGUCUUCCCCCCCACCGCCCUCACCGCCCGCAUCACCCACCCCACCAUCAUCUACCCGAUCGGCUCUAUCCCCAUCUCCCUCACCCUCACGAAGAUCAGCACUCUCACCAACCCCCUCCGCGCCCCCGCCUCAUCCCUCGUCCCCACCGUCCCCAUCCACCUCCGCUGGCGCCUCCGCAAAUUCUUCUGGCGCCUCGAGCAAACCGUCCGUAGCACCUCCCCCCCCUGCCCCAAGCCCGAGCACCUCGCCAAAGUCGGGGGCCCUGCCAACGGCCUUCAACACGACACCGUCACCAUCCUCAGCAAAGGUGAGGUCUCCACCGGCUGGAAGUCCGACUUUACCCCGGACACCGGCACCAUCGACUGGGAAGGCGAGUUCCCUCUCUCCCCCGCCCACCUCCCGCGUGACCCCCACCCCCACAAAGACACCAUAACCUGCACCAACGCCAGCCCCGCCGGCCUGCAGAUCACCCACCGCCUCAUCCUCGAGAUGAUCGUCGCCGAGGAAUGGGCGACGGCCAAACGCCCCAACCACCCGACGCCCACCGGCGCGGCGCGUAUCCUGCGCACGAGCGUCGACGUCAAGGUGACGGAGCGCGCGGGGCUGGGCGUCUCGUGGGACGAGGAGGCGCCGCCGAUCUAUCAGGACGUGCCGGCGUCGCCGCCGGGGAGGUGGAAGCAGAGGAGUCGCAGGAGGUGAGCGCGGGUGAAGUUCAUUAGGAUUUGAUCGGAUUUCGGUCUGGGAAGAGGAGGAUUUGGCUUUUUCGGCAUUCAAGCGAUGGAAUUCUGUCAUGCAUGAUGCAUAAUCGACCACGAUUUUCUGUUAUUACCUGCGCGGCGUCCUGGGAUGAGCGAUGUCGUCCCAAAUUUAGGUGCACUUUCGGAUGGGAAAAAGUGCUGGGGUUUCAUUCACGGGGAUUUACUAGGAUUCCGCACGG